UAGCAUACGGAUGCUGGCAAUGAUAGCUAACAGCUAGCUUGUGUUUUCGCAUUUUGAAAAAAGAUGGCUGGGGACCUGCAGGGUUUUGCGCUGGAAAAAGCCGAGCUGCUCUCCAUCCGUUUGAAGGAGCUCCUGUCUUUGGGACAAGGAUAUGUUCGGGCUCAGUUCGGGGUGGAUUUGGGUCUGAAACCUGAUGUGUACCCGACGUGGGUCGUCCUGUCCACGGCCGCGGCGGGUCUGCUGAUGCUCCUGUGUCUGUCCUGGGCCGCUGUCUGUGGCGGUGCGUUUGUCGGGAAAAAGCGAGGCUCCCCGGUCGCUCAAGGCAACGGUGAGCCUGGCAAGGCCAGUUUUGCCAAAGCUGCCAAACCAGAAGAACAGAAAAAGAGGAACAAAAAGAAAGCGACUGAAAAGAACACUCAAUCCAAUGGACAACCCGUGGCCGUUGCUCAGGAGGAAGUCAAAGUGACGGAAGUAGUUUCCAAACUUGCCCAGCAGAUUAAAACCGAGAAGGUGCAUGAGGGACAGGCCCCAUUGCAGGUGAAAAAGAACAAGAAAAAAACCAAGACAGAUGUGAAACCAGUCCAACAUGUGUUUACAAAUGAUGGGAAGGAACCUGAUGAUGGUGCAUGGGAGACCAAAGUCAGUAACCGAGAGAAGAGACAGCAACGCAGGAAGGACAAGGGCCCCGAGGACUCUGGUGGCCCUGGAGGGGUGGAGACUCCCAAGAGCAACGUGGAGGCACCUGUGGCCACAGCACCUGUCAACAUGAAGAAGAACAGAGGAAAUCAGGAGUCCCUGCAUUCAAGAACUACUGGAAAGGGGGAGACAGCCACUGGAGCUGUGUCCUCCAGGUGGAGAGAGGAGCCAUCCGUUAAUGGUGGAGGUUGGACCCAUGUCAACUUGCCUGUGAAGAUCCCACGUCAGAUGGGUUCCAUGGAGGGGACCAAGUGGAGUGCCAUCUCCACGGCUACACAUUACAGGCCCCCCUCUAAGCCUCAGUCUUGGGGACAGGAAACACAAGCAGCAUGGAGUGGCAUUGAUGGCCGGAUAAAGACUGACCUCAACCCAGUGACCUUCUCCAUGCUGGGACUGAACACCACAGACCCAAUAUCAAAUACAAUGGAGCUUCAGUGGGCGAGGCGGCCUGAUGUUGAUGUUGAUAACGAAUGGUCCGGAUUCAAUGGGAUGGCACCAGCAGACCCUAGCUCUGACUGGAGUGCUCCUGAAGUGCCAUGGGAAAACUACGAAGAGCCCCCUGUGGUGGUGACACCAGCACCUCCAGUGAAGGAACAGCCUGUCCCCAACAAGGUAUUAGAGGAUGAGAAGGACACUGACGACCCCUCCGAUGGAGCAGCCAAAUCCAAAAAGAAGAGGAAAAAGAAGAAGAAAACAAAAGAGGAGGCUGCAGCUGAGGCUCAGAUGGUGAGCACAGUGCCACUGGUCAAUACAACACCUAAACCCCAAGAGCCUCCUGUGCCGCCCACCAAAAAGCAGAAUCCCAGCAUAUCAACCUCUCAGAAGAAGUCUGAGCAGACUGCGGAGCCUCCGAAGCACUCCCAGAAGAAAAAGGCCCAAAGGGAAACAUGAAGUCACAUCACAGGUUCACACAAAGCAUAUGCAAAUGAUUGUAAAACGUGUCACAUGCAAUAAUUACCAGGUACAGAGUUUCUUUCUGAGAUACACAAACAAUUUAUGAGUUACCGAAACAAAAAGAAAGCUAGCGGUGGAUAUCACCUGCUUGGCUAAAUAUAGAGAUGAAAUGUGGUCCUGUGGACUGCAGUCUUAACUAAUUUGCACUAUUUGCUACACUGCAACCAGAGCGGAGUUUCAGGGGAGGUGGACUCGCAGUGGAGGUACAUGUUCAUGUGAUUUUUUUUCAUGGCAUCAAAAGUUGUCCCCCCCCCCCCCCCCAGGUGUUUAUAAUUGCUAACCCAAAAAUAUAAAAUGGGUGUUUAUUUUUUGUUAUAUGAAAAUUUACAUGAGAAGCAUACAUUUUUGUUCCUCAGAAUACUGCACUUUGUUUUGUUUGCCAUGCUUCCACCUCUAUAUCAAUAAUGAAAUGUGUGGGAGCAAGCUGCAUGUGAGGGCUGGUUUCCAAUCAGGAUACAGUAGUUAAACACUCACAUAACCACGUCUUCAUUCGUCCUGGCCAUGAUGUCAUACCCUCAUAGUGCAACUACAAUGUAAGAAAUUGGAGACAAAAAUGCACUCUAAAAGUUUAUCUGAAGCUAAUAUGAGGCACAGUACAAAAUUCUCUCCUUGUGUUUUCUUGCUUAGGUGUGAGGGAUACAUCCUGGCAGUCACAUAGAGGUUUGUUGCCAUGACAAAACCCUGAUAAUAAACCUACACGUGACUGCCAGGACCAAGGUUUGAUUUGGCUGUUCUCAGACUGCUGAAGCCUCGUAUUAGUUUUGGCUGUACAUUAGGUGGCACUUGUGCACAGUAAGACCCUGAUCAGACAAAGCACGUUUUAGCAGCCAGGGGCAGCUUUUUGUGAUGGUUUUCAGUGAGGGUGAAGUGUUUUGCUCACUGCUUUUGUGUUGCUUAGCGCCUCACAAUUUUAGACUCUCUGCACCUCGUGUUUUCGCAGGAGUGCCCUGAAUGCCUUGAGUUGAAAUAAUUUCAAUACAGAGUGGAAAAAGCUCCAAAUGUCACUGGUGUUUUUGCCCCACUGCCCAGUCAGAUGAAUAGAGAGGCAGGUCCUUUGAGAUGGCGAUGACACGAUGUCAACCUAAUGUGAGCUCACUUUCAGCAUCGCCUUAGGCAAGCUGCAAAACAUAUCUGAACGAACUCUCCUCUACUACUUUUACCAACCGUAAUUAGGCCCGACGAAGGUGUGACUGCACAGCCAGUACGCACAGGAGAAGUGAUCACAGCAACCGACUGUGACUCUUUAAACAAAAUUACAUGUGAGUGCUGUUAGGACAGGUUUGCCUAUCCUUUAAUUUAAAGUAAAAUCUUAAAAAAUUUAUCCUUUGUGUUUAAACAUUUAUUGCCUGUAGCCUGUGUAGUUUAUACAAGCUCCUUAAUAAAGAUUGGCAGCUGUUAUCAGGUUGUUUCACAGCAGGCCAUAGAAACUUCUCCACAACCACUCCUGUAACGUAUCCCACCUCUUCACCAUCCACACGUGUGGUAGCAUGUUCCAAACAGUUGUUGUUUUGCCAAAAUAUGGUUACAAGCACUACUAACCUGAGCUUCAGAGCUGUGCGGAGAGGCAUAGCAAGACACUCACUAUGUUUACAUGCACAUAAUAUUCUGGGUUUUGCCCUUAUUCCGAAAAAGACAAUGUUCCUACAAAGGUGUUUACAUGGCUAAUAGAAACGAAACUUUCACUAAUAGCCACUUUUUCUGGUUUUCCACCAGUAACGGACUUGCUUGACGCUGCAAACACAGCCUUCCUCUUUGAAUCCUUUAACCACCUUCUUGAAACAUUAAGCGUUUGCACAUAUCAAAAAAACCUAUUGAUAUCCAAGUCUUUCAAAGAGUUUAAAAGUAGGCGUGUUUUUCUUUCCGACCAGAAAUGUGGGCUUUUCUCUUGGGCGUGUAUCUCUACCCCACAGCCUUACUAACUGUUGGUUUGUGUACAACACAUCCAUUACAGUGAACAGAAUUGACCUUCAAUAGACAAGGGGCUGUGUAAACUCCUUGAUUGAGACGCAUAUUCAGAAUGCGAUGUAUACAUCUUUGAAGAAUGCUCCUGAAACCUGAAUAAUACCAGCAUAUCCCACGUGUCUUAGGCCCUAGUCUCUAUAUACAGACUCUACAUUCAGUGAAUGUAGAGUC